GCCUCUCCGCUCAGCCCGGUCCCACAUUGUCCACCUACGAGGAUUUUUAUAUCAAAUACCACAUCAAAAAAAAGCACAAUGGGUGACCGGCUGGAGCCAGUCCCGACUGUGGACAAGGACUCCUUUCCGAAGGAGGAGGAGAAGGUGAUAGAGCUGUGGACGAAACUUGAUGCUUUCCAGACCUCACUUAAGCAGAGCAAGGAUAGACCAAAGUUUACCUUUUAUGAUGGUCCUCCCUUUGCCACGGGUCUUCCCCACUAUGGGCACAUUUUGGCUGGAACCAUUAAGGACGUAGUUACACGAUGGGCACACCAGACAGGACACCAUGUGGAACGCCGCUUUGGCUGGGAUACCCACGGCCUCCCAGUGGAAUAUGAAAUUGACAAAACUUAUAACAUCAAUGGACCUGAGGAUGUACAGAAAAUUGGCAUCAAGAAAUAUAAUGAGCUGUGUCGUAGUAUCGUCACAAGAUAUUCGAAAGAGUGGGAGGAGAUUAUUAGCAGGAUGGGACGUUGGAUUGAUUUCAAGAAUGAUUACAAGACCUUGUACCCUUGGUAUAUGGAGAGCAUCUGGUGGAUCUUCUCACAGCUGUACCAAAAAGGGCUGGUUUAUCGUGGCUUCAAGGUGAUGCCAUUCUCGACUGCCUGCUCAACACCCUUGUCCAACUUCGAAGCGGGUCAGAACUACAAGGACACACAAGAUCCAUCAGUUGUUGUCAAUUUUCCAAUGCUUAAUGAGAAGGACGUCCUUCUAGUAGCUUGGACUACAACUCCUUGGACUCUGCCGUCAAAUCUGGCACUGUGUGUGAAUCCAGAAAUGGACUAUGUUAAGGUCCAGGGCAAAACCAAGGAGCGAACCGGGAAGUACAUCUUGAUGGAGGCUCGCCUUUGUCAGCUGUUCAAGAAUGAAACUGAGUAUGAAGUUCUGUCAAAGUUCAAGGGAAAGGAACUGGAAGGAAUCCGCUAUGAGCCUCUCUUCGAUUACUUUAAAAAGAAAGAAGCCAAUGGCGCCUUUAAGGUCUUGUGUGAUGGCUACGUAACCUCAGAGUCAGGUACUGGUAUUGUCCACCAAGCUCCCUACUUUGGUGAGGACGAUUUCCGUGUCUGUCUGGGCUACAACAUUAUCAGCAGAGAUGAGCCUCCCAUCUGUCCUGUGGAUGAUGCUGGUCGCUUUGUCCUCCCUGUCACUGACUUUACUGGUGUACAUGUGAAGCAAGCAGACCCUGACAUCAUCAAGCUUCUCCGGUCCAAAGGAAGGCUGGUGAAGGCAGAAAGUGUCAACCAUAGCUACCCAUUCUGCUGGAGGUCAGACACCCCUCUCAUCUAUCGUGCUGUGCCAUCAUGGUUCAUCAGAGUGGAGCAGAUGCAAGAGAAACUCCUAGCAUCCAAUGACAAAACUUAUUGGGUUCCUAGUUUUGUCAAAGAUAAAAGAUUUGCCAAUUGGUUGAGAGACGCUCGUGACUGGGCUGUGAGUCGUAAUCGUUACUGGGGCACACCUAUCCCCCUGUGGGUCUCUGAGGACUUCCAAGAGAUUGUGUGCAUUGGCAGCAUUGCAGAACUGGAGAAGCUGUCAGGAGAGAAGAUCAAAGACAUCCAUCGUGAUAGCAUUGACCACAUCACCAUUCCCUCAGCUAAGCCAGGAAAUCCUCCACUUAGGCGCAUCUCAGAAGUGUUUGAUUGCUGGUUUGAGUCUGGCUCCAUGCCCUAUGCUCAGGUUCAUUAUCCAUUUGAGAACAAGCGAGAAUUUGAAGACUGUUUCCCUGCCGACUUCAUUGCUGAGGGUAUUGACCAGACCAGAGGUUGGUUCUACACACUCCUUGUGAUCUCAACUGCUCUGUUUGGUAAACCACCUUUCAAGAACUUGAUUUGCAAUGGUCUUGUUUUGGCUGAAGAUGGACAGAAGAUGAGUAAGAGAAAGAAGAACUACCCUGAUCCAAUGGACAUUGUGGCCAAGUAUGGUGCUGAUUCCCUGCGACUGUACCUCACUAACAGCCCAUCUGUUAGAGGUGAAAAUUUACGUUUCAAAGAGGGUGAUGUGUUGAAUCUGCUGAAGGAAGUCUUCAUCCCAUGGCUCAAUGCCUACCGCUUCUUUGUUCAGCAGGUUGAAAGGUAUGAAAAAGAAGAAGGAGCACAAUUCCAGUUCGAGGAGAGCGCCAUGGGCAAGUCAACCAAUGUGAUGGACAGGUGGAUUCUGUCUUUCACACAGUCACUCCUUGCCUUUGUGCACAAGGAGAUGGAAGCCUACCACCUCUACACUGUAACACCACGCCUCGUGAAGUUUGUAGAUAACCUCACCAAUUGGUAUGUGAGGUUUAACAGGAAGAGGCUUAAGGGAGAGACUGGAAAGGAAGAUUGUCUGAAAGCUUUGGAGACUUUGUACUCUGUGCUUUUCUGUAUGGUGAGGGUGAUGGCACCCUUCACUCCAUUCAUCACCGAGACCAUGUACCAGAACCUGAGACGGGUGCUCAAGCCUGGAACCCUUGGACAGGGUGAUACUAGUUCAGUUCACUACCUCAUGGUUCCCCAACCAAUGAAGAAACUCAUUUGCCCUGAGAUUGAGACCUGUGUAGGCAUUCUGCAGAAUGUUGUUGAAUUGGGUCGAUACAUCCGCGACAAGGUGAACAACCCUAUGAAAUAUCCCUUGCCUGAAGUAGUUGUCAUCCACAAGGACCAACAAAUUCUUGAUGAUGUUUUGAGACUUGAGAAGUACAUUAUGGAAGAGCUUAAUGUUAAGACUGUGACAACAUCAACUGACAAGCAAAAGUAUGGAGUUGCUCUGAGAGCUGACAUGAAUUUCAAGUUGUUGGGUGCAAGACUGAAAGGAGAUGUGAAGAAGGUCCAACAGAAGGUAGCAGAACUGACAGAUCUAGAGAUCCAGGAAAUGCUUCAGGCAGGCUCAAUCAAUAUUCUAGGUCACACCAUUGAUGCAAGUGAGCUUAAUGUCAAGUACAGUUUUAGUGGUGAGAAAGCAGAGGAAUUAUCUUCAAAGUAUGAGGCUCAUGCUGAUGCUAAUGUUCUUAUCUUGUUAGACAUUACUCCAUCUCAAGACAUGUUGGAUGAAGGUAUGGCACGAGAGGUUAUUAACAGAGUCCAGAAAUUAAGAAAGAAGGCAAACUUAGUGCCAACUGAUGAAGUAACUGUAUGGUAUGAAGUAAAGGAUGGUGACCUGGCUCGUAUCAUCACUUCCUUUACUGAAUAUAUUGAGACUGCUACAAAGACACCAUGCAAACCCUUAUCAGAGAAGAACAGCACCGAUGUUAUCAUCGAGGAGGUUGCAGAUGUGAAGAAAACAGAUUUGAAGUUGAUAAUCACUAAAGGUUUCUGUGCUGGUUGGACCAUGACAGCUUCGACAGUGGAGAGUGAAGGGCCAGCAGCUCAAGGAGGAUUAACCUGUCCCUGGGUCAAUAUCAUCCUUGAUGGCACACCAAGAUUUGCCAAUAACAGCUGUAGUGCAACUUUGCUACUUGAAAAUCCACAGAAUUCUCCAGUUGUCAGAUCUUGCAAGGAUAUUCUUCUUGAAGCGCAAAACAUCUUUGGCUUCCCUCUUAAGCAUGCCAAGUUGCAUAUUGAGAGAAAGCAGAUUGACUUGGAGAAAACUUCAAUCAAAAACCUUGCUGGCAAAACUGUUGUUGUGACUUCUGAUCCUAACAAAGUCCCUGUUGGAACAUCAGCAGUCAAGCCAUACAGCAGAUUUGUUAAUGUUGAAGGAAAUGGAAAGAAGGCAUCUGUACUCCUAGAAAACCCCUGUGGGGAUGGCAUCAUGACAGUGUCAACCUUUGUCAAAUUUGUGAUGAAUGUUUUGGGCUUGAGAUCAACACCUCGCCUCUUCACUGAUCCUGAGAAGAAGAAAGAACUGCAACUUAAUGGCACUAGUUUAGCUAAGCUUCAAGGGUCCACAGUUUAUGUUUGAGUGUUUGGUAGGGAUCUUGUUGUUGUUGAAAGGACCUUUUGUGGAUAAAUUAGCUUAAAAUCAUGAGUAUCACUAAGGAUUUAAUCCAAAGACUAGUGCUUCAUGCUUUUUUUUCCAUAAUUUAUUGCUGAUACCAGUGCAAGAAAAAAUUACACCAGGUGGAUAACAGUGUAUGAAAUAGCACAAGUAAUAAAUAUUAUAAGAAGUAGA